AUAUUUGGGAAAUUUCUCAUCAAAAAUAGUUUAGAAAAUCUAGCCAAUUAAAUUAUUAUUAGUGUUGCAAGUAACAUCCUUAACAAGAGUUAGCUUAACAAAUCCUGUUUAUCUAGCAAAGACAAAUCUCAGAUUGCCUAUUGACAUUGUAAAGUACUAAUUAAUUAAUUAAUGAACUAAUUGGUCUUAGGCUAAAUAAGCACACGUGAAACCCAUAAUGAAACAUAAAAAAUUAAAGAUACACUUAUACAUCACACAUUCUUUUCAAUGUAUCCAUCAGUAUCGGUAUAUUUCAUUAUUUUUGUAUCUACAUUUGAAUUUCGAUUUUAAUGUGUGACAUACAUGGGACCCACCUUUCUGCACAAAACAAAAACAAUUAUCAAUGGCAUGGAAGACAUUGCUGAAAACGGAACACAAAAACAAACCAAACCAAAACAAACACUUCUUACACAUUUCUCUCCUUCUACCAAGCUUCUUCUCCGUAUCUUCAAUGCGCAUCUAGGGUUUCUCUCUCUUUUCCCGUUUCCACGUUUUUCUUCACUUCAAGUACCACAGCUUCAAACUUUUACUUCCACUUUCACUUUCUGGGUUUGAAGUGUCAUGCAGAUGGUAAAAGAGUGUGUAUAAGUUCAAAUUUGCUUCUACCAAAGAAUGGUUUGGAUUCAUUGUUGUGGAAGUUGGAUUUUAUGAAAAAGUUGAGUUAGCACAUCAUUUUUUUACUUAUAAUGGGUUCAUUUUCUGGCGCUUGUGAAAUAGUUGAAGCAAGAGAGGAUUUAAGUAAAGGGAAAGGUGUUGUAGGGAUUUGCCAGUCCAAUUCUCGAUGCAAAACGUCUGAGAAAAAUAAGAAGCCUUUGGUGUUGAACCUGGGAUACAAGGAUUAUAUUGAUGAUGAUAUUAACAAGCUGUUUGAAUCAUUUUCUCUUAAAUCUUCAUCAAGGGAUUUGGGCAUGUCACAAGAUGGUACGAGUCAUAAGCUGAAAAACACCUUAAAAAAGCCAAUGACAAUGGGUGUUCCUCGGUCUCCACGAGUUGGAACUUCUGAGGCUGCUAAUUUGAAGCAGGCAUUGAGAGACCUUUGUAUAUCUAAGGCCUCAGAAGUGGCUGCUAUGAAACGGUUGUCAAAGUCAACAGCUUCUCCAAGAAUAUCUGAGGUUGGGAGGAUACAAACAUUGUACAGUUCAGUUGUAGAUGAAACUGGUCAUUCUGGGCCUUAUAUUGCUGAGAGUAAAGGGCACAGAAAAGAAAUCUCUGUAGUGCCAGAAAAAGGCAAGUCGCCCUUGUUGGAUAAAACAUCUCAAUCUCAUCAAACUACCCAAAUCACAUCAUCGAGCCAAGCCAUCAAUUCUGCUUGGGAAAUCGCUGUUGCAACUACUCAACUUGAUUCCGGGACUUCAUCGAUGCAAAGAGAUUCAGCAUGUUCAUCGAGUAAAACUGGGUUUCAAUCACGGCACGUGGUACCCGUUCAACCAGAAAAACAAACAUCUGCAUCUUAUCAAUCUCUUUAUAAUGCAUCUGAAAGUAAAUUAGAGUUGCCUGUACACGCUUCUUCCCCUAAAAAGUUAGGAAAUAAAGUGGUUGUGUCCAAUACUGGACGGAAAGGUAGGUUGCAGACAGCAUCUUCUUCAUCUACUUCUGUAAGUGGCACCAAAGUUAACAAACAGCCACACCACUCCCCUCACACAGUUAAAAUGGUCAUCAAGAACAAGAAUCUGAGUAAGAAGAAAGUGAAGGAGGAGGAUUCAGGUUCUUCAUCAUGUGAUCCUACAUCAAAUGAAGUUAGUAAGUCUGUUCCUGGCACAGCUGGACUGAUUUGUGAAAGAUGUAGGUGUGCUUUAGAAAAUACAGGUGAAGAAAAAAACAAAGAGAUUAUGACCGCGGACUCUACUAGUCCUGGAAAUGGAGUGAACUCUGGUUCAAAUAAACCUGAUUUGGCAUCAACUAGCGGUACUAUAAACAAAGGCUGCAAAGCAGUUGCAAAGGUGGUGAAGAACACCAAGUUGAAAGAACAACUUGAGUUUUCACAAAGCUCAAAGAGUAGUCAAGGUGAGUACAGUAGUAGUACUAGUACCAGUGAUGAGAGCAACAUGAGUGGCUCAAGUUUCGGCAGUAGGCCUCACAUGUCAAAGGAUGUUAGGUGGGAAGCCAUUCGACGUGCUCAAAUGCUGCAUGGAGCCUUGGGCUUGAGACAUUUCAAUCUUUUGAAGAAACUUGGUUGUGGAGACAUUGGGACUGUUUAUCUCGCUGAACUAAUUGGCACAAGCUGUUUGUUUGCUAUUAAGGUCAUGGACAUCGAAUUUUUGGCAAGGCGGAAGAAGAUACCUAGGGCUCAAACUGAAAAAGAAAUAUUAAGGAUGCUGGACCAUCCGUUUCUUCCUACCUUGUAUGUGCAAUUUACAUCAGAUAAUCUCUCAUGUUUGGUCAUGGAGUAUUGUCCAGGUGGAGAUCUUCAUGUUCUACGGCAGAAGCAGCCCGAUAGAUGUUUCUCGGAGCUAGCAGCAAGGUUUUAUGUUGCUGAAGUCCUCCUUGCUUUGGAGUACUUGCACAUGCUUGGAGUUGUUUAUCGUGAUUUAAAACCUGAAAACAUUCUUGUUCGAGAAGACGGCCACAUUAUGCUCACUGAUUUUGAUCUGUCGUUGAGGUGUGCUGUUAGCCCAACACUUCUGAAGUCAUCUUAUGAUGUUGAAUCUACAAAAAUUUCUCGUCUUAGUGCACAAUCAAGUUGUAUCGAACCAUUCUGUAUUGAACCAUCUUGUCAAGUUACAUGCUUCAGCCCCAGAUUCCUACCGGCUUCAGCAAAAGCAAGGAAAUUAAAAGUUGAUCCUGUUGCCCAGGUCAGAUCACUGCCACAGCUUGUGGCCGAGCCCACAGAUGCAAGAUCAAACUCAUUUGUUGGUACACACGAAUACUUGGCGCCUGAGAUCAUCAAAGAAGAGGGUCAUGGAGCUGCAGUUGACUGGUGGACAUUUGGCGUUUUUCUGUAUGAGCUUUUAUAUGGUAGAACACCCUUUAAAGGUUCUAACAAUGAAGAAACAUUAGCAAACGUGGUAUUGCAAAGUCUUAGAUUCUCUGAUGACCCAUUUGUUAGUUUCGAAGCGAUGGACCUGAUUAGAGGGUUGUUGGUUAAAGAGCCUGAAAACCGUUUGGGUUCACAGAGAGGAGCUGCUGAGAUUAAAAAACAUCCCUUCUUCGAGGGUCUUAACUGGGCCUUAAUUCGUUGUGCUACCCCACCAGAACUUCCAGAGUUUUGUGAUUUUGAAGUUUUAGACACGGCCUCACAAGGCAAGGGUGCUAAGUAUUUAGAGUGUAAUGUAGGAGAGCACGUCGAAUUCGAGUUGUUUUAAAGACACUACUCUCUGUCGAGAGUGACAUUUCCGUUUAUGGCUUCAUGCUCCAUAACGUAAAAUCAAAAUGUUGUUGUAACUUAUAUGUAACCCUAUGUCCCUAUUAGCAAUUUAGUGUUGAAUUAUAUCA